UAUAUUUAAAAAAAUAGAUCCCAAAAUCUUUCUUCUUAGUAAACGGACAGGAACCAAUUGGGUGGCAGACAAGAAAAUCGAUUGAUCUAAGAGCUUGUCAUGAUUCUUACAAGAUGCUUACCAUUGAUAUGGCUCUUUCUGCUUACUGCCUGUGCUGGAAGGACAUUAUACCCACUCCCUGGUAAAGGAGGCAAAGGCGCUAAGCUGCCUAUUCAGACUUCACGUCCUUAUAACAUCGCACACAGAGGCUCCAAUGGAGAGAUCCCUGAAGAAACUGCUCCUGCAUACUUGAGAGCAAUUGAAGAGGGUGCAGACUUCAUAGAAACAGAUGUCUUAUCAACCAAAGAUGGUGUGUUGAUCUGUUUCCAUGAUUUCACCCUUCAAAACACAACCAAUGUUGCCAGCCACAAGGAGUUUGCUGAUCGUAAUAGGACUUAUGAGGUCCAAGGAUCCAACAUGACUGGCUUUUUCACUUUUGAUUUUACACUAAAAGAACUAAAGAAACUACGGACAAAACAGAGAUUUUCUUUUCGAAACCAGCAAUACAACGGAAAGUACCCUAUCAUUACAUUUGAAGAGUUUAUCACCAUUGCUCGGGACGCUCCUCGAGUUGUCGGUAUAUAUCCUGAGAUUAAAAAUCCAGUUUUAAUGAACCAGCAUGUCAAAUGGCCUGGUGGUGUGAGAUUUGAGGAUAAAGUGGUGGAGACACUUAAGAAGUAUGGAUAUGGAGGCUCAUAUUUGUCCAAGAAGUGGUUGAAAAGACCAUUGUUUAUUCAGUCAUUUGCCCCAUCUUCUCUAGUUUACAUAUCAAACUUGAUAGACUCGCCAAAAGUCUUACUAAUAGACGAUGUAACCGUGCUAACAGAAGACACUAACCAGACUUACGCAGAGAUCACAUCAGAUGUGUAUUUCAAUUACAUCAAGCAAUAUGUUGUCGGGAUAGGACCUUGGAAGGACACAGUUGUUCCAGUAAGUAACAAUUACACUCAAGCCCCCACAGAUCUGGUUAAAAGAGCUCAUGCACAUAAUCUAAAGGUGCAUCCAUACACGUACAGGAAUGAAAACGAAUUCUUACACCUAAACUUCAGCCAAGAUCCAUAUAAGGAAUAUGAGUACUGGAUCAAUGAGAUUGGUGUUGAUGGACUCUUCACCGACUUCACUGGUAGCCUCCAUAACUACCAAGAAUGGACAUCUCCGUUGUCUGAAACUUCCAAGUCUCCACGACAGCUCUUGAGUCAAAUUGCUGCAUUGGUCCUCCCUUAUGAAAAAGCUUGAUAUACCACAGAGGAGUCUUCAAAAUCAAAUGUGUUUGCUUAUUUCACGAGAUUUAUACAUGAGAGACAAAAAACUAUGUAAAUCUUGGAGCAUACUUCUAUAAUACCAAAAAGAAGGAAACAGUUUCUCUAAAUAACUUCAGAG